AUGAGUCAAUCAGAAGUAAAAUCAAAAACCAAUACAGUCCCUGUCAUCUUUACCAAGGGAGAUCUUGCAAAACUUCAUAAACCAGGUGUUGAGGAAGAGAUUUAUUUUACUUCUAUUAGAGAGGCAAUAGAAUGGUUAGGGUUUUCACCAUACAAGAUCACAUAUUUUUCUGAUUAUUUUGACAACUUUUAUGAAUUGGCAAUAGAAUUAAUUAAGUGUGAUAAAGCAUAUGCAUGUUCAUGUACAUCUAAUGAAAUGAAACAGAUGUGA